AUGCCUGAAAACUCGCACAAGCCAGCGGUCUUCCACGAUAUAAUUGUGAGCAAAAACGACAUCCUCAACUGUUCGUAUGAGAGCUGGUACUCGCUUUUUGGAGCGCACGCAUACUCGCGAGCUGUGGUGUUGCCUCUGCCGCAGGAGUUUGUAGAGUAUCUGGAGAGUGAUGAUUUCACAAUCCCGGGCGAAAAGUCAAAUCCAAACCCGCACAAGGAUUCCGAUUGGGAUUAUACGCCUCCAAAUCGGCCAGACCCAGCCUCUCGGUUUUCUUACCUUCACCAGAAGAUCCAGGAAACAUUCAAAUCUUUCAAAUACGUUGCCCCCAAACUCAACUGGUCAGCCCCUCAGGAUUCUGUGUGGAUCCUUCCUGAGCGAACCAUGAAGUGCUCCUCACCCUCAGAUAUAUACCUACUGCUUAAAUCUUCCGAUUACAUCAAUCACGACCUCAGCCAUGCAUUUGAUGAAGCUGACUCUGUGCCCGACAAAUUACAGUAUCAUUUGAUUUUACGAGAGUGGAAAGACAUCAAUCCUUCGCUGGAAUUCAGAUGUUUUGUGCGAGAUCGACAAUUGUUGGCCAUUUCCCAGCGAGACCUAAACUAUUAUCCUUUUUUGGAGGAUCUUCACGAUACCUUAAUUGAAAGAAUAGCCACCUUUUUUGACGACGUUCUUCUCCCAAAGUUUGGAUCAAAUAGCUUUGUCUUUGACGUUUAUCUCCCGAGGCCAUUCACCAAAGUGUAUUUGGUUGACAUCAAUCCAUUUGCGAGAAAAACGGAUUCACUAUUGUUUACCUGGAACGAAUUGGCUACCAUGUCUCCUCGUGAUGACGACGUUGUUGUUCGCCUUGUGACAAAACAUAACUCAGGAAGGUUUGCAACCAAGGCCCAUUCACAAAACCAUGUACCUAGGGACGUACUUGAUGCCUCGAUGGACUCCUCAAAGAUGGUGGAAAUGCUCCAGAACUGGUCUGCCAUGCUAUCGAAAGAGAUUGACGAGACAGAGGAAAGCGGUGAGUAGCACCUAGUCAUCCAAGAGAGCUCCACGUUUUGUGGGGGGUGGAAACUUAACUUCAGCUCCUUUCAGAGGCCCGUCAGUGUGAUACAGCCUUGGUCGAUAACCAGGAUGUUCUCCCAUGAUUUUGGAGUUCCUAAACUUGUCUAUCAGUUUUGCUUUGCCCUGCACUUUAGCGUACGACAUCUCACACACUUUUUCUGAAUUGAAAUUGCUCCACUUCUUUCCGGCCCGUUCGAGGUAAAAGUUGAUAAUAUGUCUUGGUUCCACGAAAGAAAUGAAUGCGUAUCCAACAUUGCAAUGGUUUUCGAAGUCGAUGCGCAGAUAAAGGAAGUCAUAUAGAUUUUUGCUCGUCAAGUCUAUAAACUCUUUGAGCUCAUUGUGGUUUAUCUUGUUUGGAACAUUCCUUAUCAUGAUGGUUUUGCGUGGAUCUUGUCCCAUGCGGAUUUUUGUGAUGUCUAUCUGAUUUUCAUGUGGGACGUAACUAGUCCCAAACGAGCCUGAGAGCGGCCGCCGUGAUUUCAAAUGCUGACACGUUCUCCACUCCUCAUUGUUUUGUUCUGUGGGCUCAGUGUCUGCAUGUUUGAUGUCUCCUGCCAUCCAAUUAAUAACUUGCAGGUUCGGUUGGCUUUUUGUAUCUCUAACUAUGGGUUUUGCCGAAAGCUCUAGCUCUUCUAAUGAUGGACGCACUUGUAUUGAAGUGUUUUCGAUGUAAGCUGUGGGGACCGCACGGGCUUUGAAGGAUGCUCUGAUAUCAUCAAAUGUACACCAGAACAUGUUUCGCAUAUGAGGAAUUGUCUCGAAGCUGGUAAUGACACCGAAGUUGCCAAGAUAAUUGGCGAGCUGAUCUUGGAACUUGUUCAUGUUGAUCUCCCCGUCACAUAAGACAUAGACGGUUGCAUAGCUGUCUUCCAAAUAGCGGAACUCGUAAUGUGAAACUACUGCUGCCAGAGUAGUCGGGUCUGUGAUGAAACAAGGUUCGAGAGCUUCUGCGGUUACGUUCCCAAAUAGCAGCUGCAACUGUCUAAUGUGCUCGAGCAUUUUUCGAGCCUCGAACCAGCCGACGGCAAGCACCGUCUCAUUCCGAAUGGCAAGCGGCUUGUAUGCUAAUAUGUCGCGAAGAUAUUGAAAGUCACGCAGAACCGCGCUAAGUACUGCGAGUCGGUGGCAGCGAAAAAGGACUAUGCGCGAGUUUAGCACGCCCAUAGGAAAUGUCGGGGGAAUGAAGCCCUCUUGAUAAGCGCUGUUUCUGAUGGAUGACGAGCAGUGUUCAGGUAAUGAGUUAGCAAAGAUGUGCUCAUUUUGGAGCACCCAGGGGUUCAUAGGAAAAGGGAUAGAUAGAUAAAUAAUAUUUAAUUUUAAUAAAUUCGGG